AUGGAUACUUUCGCAGCGAAGUGGGCAUGUCACUUCGAUGACGAUAACUAUGUAAAUGUAGCUGAAUUGGUCCAACUUUUAAAUAAGCUCGAUCACAAGCAAGACUGGUAUCUUGGAAGGCCGUCGACUGUGGGACCUGCGAAAUUCUGGUUUGCAACAGGGGGAGCCGGCUUUUGCCUCUCCAAAUCGCUACUUGCAAAAAUGAGUUCCUAUGUUCGGAAUGGUGGUUUUAAAGAAAUUGGUGAAUAUCUUCGGUUGCCGGAUGACGUCAGUCUCGGAUAUCUUAUUGAACAUCUCCUGAAUGUUAAGCUUACUGUAUCGUACAAGUUUCAUUCACACUUGGAGGAUUUGGCUGAAAUCAGGGAAGCUGAUCUUCAUAAGCAGAUCAGCUUCAGUGCUGGUGGGCGAGCGAAAAAUGUGGUGCGUGUUCCGGAAGAGUAUACGGUUGAAAAUGAUCCGCAGCGAUUCCGCUCACUGCACUGUUUCCUGUAUCGCAAGCACUGUAAUUGGUGA